AUGCCUUCUCUUUCAUUGGGUGCGCAAUACGAUUCGACUAUGCCCAACCCGGAUAUUUACCAUACGGGUGGCUAUUGGCUUGUUGGAAGUGAGGUGAUGAAUGCCGCUUUUCCCACAGAUCAUCUGGUCGAUAUCGUGUUCGAUCCAUUGGAAGAAUUGAUCUGGUGUAUCACACGUAUGGGUCAAAUGACCGCUUUCUAUUCUGUCUCCAUGGAACGUUACAUCACCACAACUGUGCCACUGCUCCCCAUGGUAUCCAGAUCCGGACAGGAAGUGAAUUAUGGAGAGACAAAACAGGUGUUCCCAUCACCACGACCGGCAGAGCAUGCGGUCUAUGUAUUGACCAGUAAUGCUUUGCAUUCCUACACAAAAUUCGGACGUCUUUGUAUCACUGCCGAGUGA